CCGACUCGUAAUCAUAUUCUCCUAAUCGCUUCAUCACUGCCGCAUCCGUGAGCCUAUCUCAAACUCCGAUAGCCUUAACCCUCCUCCUCCACCACCAUCACCACCUCCUCUUCUUCCUCCUCACAUUUACAAUUCUUUGAUUGCGGCAGUGCACCACUGAUCGCUGGCUUCUUCUAUCGCCGGAUCGGGCCUUCCCCUUGUCGCUCGCUCGCCUGACUCACCGCCUCUGUUCGCCUGUCGUCCCGUUCGCCGCCGGAGCCGCCUUCGCCUUUCUCUGGCCUUUCCAUCCCUGUCCUGUCCCUGCCCUCCUCCCGCCACCUCGUAGCGAGCUUCCUCUUUGUCUUUGUGUGAUUUGUCAUAGAUUACAUAACAAGAAUAGAUUACUUAAUGAGCCGCACCGUCAUCAUCUCUGAUCCCAUCUCGUAGUCGUAGACAGCGUAGACAGCACAGCAUCGACAAUGGCCGACGAUCCGUACGCCGCCCUGGCUGCCUUCCUCGCGGCCUCGUCAGACGCAAAAAUACCCUCCGCACAAGCAUGCCAGCUCUACAUCUCCGCGCUGCGUCUCGCAGGAACACCCCACCCCGGCGCGCUGACCGCCGUCUGGCCUGGCAUCGCGCGCGUGCUGCAGUUCAGAUCCCUGCCCUCCGAGACCGCGGCCGUGCUCGUCGACGACGUGAUUGAUCCGAUCGUGGCCUCUGGCUCACUUUCUUGGACUGAGGUAUGCGCGGUCGCGGGAUCGGCUGAUGUCUUGAUUGGGACUGUUGCGGCGGAUACGCACGAUAAAAUCAGACAGGCUGCCGUUGGUUUUCUUUCCUGUUUUGACUUUGCGACGGCGGCAGAGGACGAGAGCGAGCAUGUGCUUGCUGGCCUCCUUGCGCUCAUCACGCGCGAAAAGCUCUCGGAAGGCGUCGUCGCGCGCAUAGAGAAAGCAGUCGACAAGUUCCUCACGCACCCCACCUCCUCCUCCGUGCGCCCGCUCGUCAUCAGACAGCUGAGCGAGAUCCGGCUGCAGUUUGGCAGCUCUGCCGUCGUGGCCUCGCGCAUCCAGGGUCUCAGUCUGAUCAUCCUGCGGCACAGCUCGGCCGGCGUCGACGAUGUCCCCGAGAACCUGAUCUGCUUCGCCGUCGCGUCGGAUGAUAUCCUCGCCGAGCUCGUCACGAUCCAGUUCUACGAAUCCCUGCUCGAACUCUUUCUCCCGCCGUCGAUCUUCUACUCUACAAAACCUGCAUACCUCGAGAUCGCAGACAUAUACACCUCCUCCUCCGCCAUCGGCCUCGAACGCACCGCCGCCGCUCGCGCGCUAGGCAGGCUCGCGCAGACGCGGUCCGAGAUCUUUGCCGACAUCGACGCAUCCCUACACAUCACCAAAAACCUCACCCUCCGCGACGACUCGGACCGCGCGAUUCUUACCCUGGUUCCGGGAGACUAUCUGGCCGAGCACAAUCCCGCCCUGCUGCGCGGAUAUCCAAUCACCAGCGCCUCGCUCGUCGACAUCACUUGUAACCUCAUGCGCUCGGCUCUUGCGCGCAGCCUUCUCUCCUCCUCGCUUACCUCGCAAAACCUCCUCCGGCUACCCGUCCCAGACCUCCUCCGCGUAUGCAAAGAACUUGCGUCCGCGUCCAGCGGCGACGGCAGCAGCAGCAGCAACAGCGGCGCACAGAUCCUAGUCUCGAUGCCGGGCGUCAUGGACGUAGUUCUCUCCAAGAGCGGCAAGAUGGGCUACGAGCUCAUGCGGCUGCGCGGCGAUGUCGUCGACGCGCUGUAUGAGGUUAGCGAGGAGUUGAUUGGGCCUUAUUGGGCGGGCAGGAUUCGCGAGGCGAAGAUGAGUGGGACUUGGGGUACUAAUGAUUCUGAUGUUCCUGCGGUUGAGGUUAUGGAUUCUACUUCGUAAUGUACGUCUGCAUCUGCA